AUGUAUUCAGUUACGUUGUCAUAUGAUUCAUUAUCAUCUGUGGAUGAAUUUUCAUUGAAAAUAAAUCCUUUUAUGGCUUCUGUAAAUAGUCAAACAAAAUAUUCUUCACCACCAUUAGGUGAUUAUUAUUCAAAUUAUGCAUCAAUGACAAAUGAUCCAUCAACAUUAAAAUUUGGUUAUACAGAUCCAUUUUCAUUUGGAUUUAGUCAACAUUCAACAUUAUCAUAUAAUGGUUCAUCACAAAGAAAACAACGACGUGAACGUACAACAUUUUCACGUGCACAACUUGAUCAACUUGAAACAUUAUUUGCUCGAACACGUUAUCCAGAUAUAUUUAUGAGAGAAGAAGUAGCUAUGAAAAUAAGUUUACCAGAAUCAAGAAUACAAGUUUGGUUUAAAAAUCGUCGUGCAAAAUGUCGUCAACAAGAUAAAGCAAUUAAAAAACCAACAACAUCAUCAUCAUCAUCAUCAAAUAGUAGUUUACAUGAAAAAAAUGAAAUAUCAUCUCCUUGUAAACGUGAAAUAAAAAGUCCGAAUAUUCGUCUUAAUCAUCGUUCACCGUCAUCAAUAUCCAGUAUAAAUGGUGGUGGUGGUGGUGGUGGUGGUGGUGGUGGUGGUGGUGGUACAAGUUCAGAUAAUUCAACAACAUCAGCAGCUGCAUCUUUAGCUGCAUGGUCAUCACAAGCUGUUGCAUAUCAUCAUAUGUAUCCAACAUCAUAUAGUCCAAAUCAAGCACUUUUUUAUACAAAUGAUCCAACAACAAAUAAUUCAACAAUCUAUGGAACAACUUAUAGAAAUCAAGAUAUGGAUUUUCUUCAACCAACAUCAAUGUAUGGACGAACAAGUGAAGAAUUUAUGAAUGGUUGGACAAAUGCACAUCAUCAUCAUCAUCAUCAUCAAAACUUUAAAAUUUUCAAUUAA